AUGGCCUCGAGGGAGCUAUUAGUGGUCAUACUGAACCACACUAACGAAGAGCUCAAUCUCGAGCUCGAGUCCCCGAGCCUUGAACACGCUCACUGGCUGGACUCGUCAGACUCGCGGCCGCCGCAGGAGAUACUGGCAGGAGAGAGCGGAAUGCUGCGCUGCGAACCGAAUCACAUGGGCAGAGGGUUUGAGGGUUCUGUUACUUACCGAAUCGUUGGCUUCGAGAUGAACAACAAGGUGACUUUUUCAUGGAACAUUCCUACCACUGAUGGACAAUCUUUAUCAAGUCUCAAGUUCCGUGCCGUUCCAAACGCCCCUGACGGAUACGCACCAGCUCAGGUCUCGUGUCCAAAAACACGUCCGGUCAUCCGUCCAGCAACGACAUUGUCGACUGAUGAGGCAACAUGGCUGCAACUUCGCGACAACAACACCAUUUCCGCGCUAAAAGACUUUCUGAGCCGGGCUAAUAUUGGCGACAUAGACACUGGAAAGUAUGUCGAUGGCCUCAUCAGUAAUGCCACAAGGUUACCGCGGAUUGGGAUUGCUAUCUCUGGUGGAGGUUAUCGGGCCAUGAUCAAUGGGGCUGGCGCUAUCGCCGCAUUUGAUGACCGAAGCACAGGUUCAACAGACAAAGGCCAUUUGGGAGGUAUUCUCCAGGCCGCAACGUACCUCAGUGGUCUAUCUGGGGGCAGCUGGGUGGUGGGAAGUCUGUAUGUGCAGAAUUUCACAACAGUUGAAUCCAUCGUCGACGCAUCUAGUGGUUUUCUGAGUUCUCUUUGGCAAAUUGAUCAGUCCAUCCUUGAAGGACCAUCAGACUUAUCGGUAACGAAAUAUUACCGCCAGCUGUAUCAAGAUGUUCAAGACAAAGUUGAUGCUGGCUAUAACAAGAGCAUAACAGAUUACUGGGGGAGAGCCCUGUCAUACCAGCUUGUCAACUCGAGCGAUGGCGGGCCAGCAUAUACCUUCUCAUCCAUCGCAAACGAUACUGAGUUCGCUGCAGCGAGGGCACCCAUACCACUAAUAGUGGCAAUAGAACGGACAACGGGACAGUUGCAGAUAGCAAGCAAUUCCACCAUCUUCGAGUUCAACCCAUGGGAGAUGGGAUCCUACGAUCCAGAACUGGCCGCAUUCGCGCCCUUGAAAUAUGUAGGCUCCGAUUUCGACAAUGGUACAGUGGGACGGAAUAGAGAUUGUGUCGAGGGGGUCGACAACGCCGGAUUCGUUAUGGGGACCUCGGCGUCGCUUUUCAAUCAGGCAUUCCUUCAGAUUGAUAAAGCCGAUAAUGUUCCAGACAUUCUCAUCAAGGCUAUCAAUGAGACUCUGGCAGAUAUUGGCGACGAAAACAGAGAUAUCGCCAACUGGCCUAACCCUUUCUACAAAUACAAUCCCAAGAACAACUCGAACGCGGACAGCACGAUCCUCACCCUUGUCGACGGUGGCGAAGACCUACAAAAUAUCCCUUUUCACCCGUUGCUUUUAUCAGACCGACAAGUCGAUGUGAUAUUCGCCGUUGAUGGCUCUGCGGAUACAAUCACUCGUUGGCCAAACGGCACAUCCCUUGUAGCAACAUACAAGAGGUCUCAGGCAGGCACCUCGACACAAAAUAGCCCGUUUCCCAAAGUUCCCGAUCAAAACACGUUUGUAAAUCUUGGUCUCAAUCAGCGUCCAACAUUUUUCGGAUGCGACACCGGCUCCGACAAGUCAUCGGGACCACUCAUUGUCUACCUCCCCAACGCGCCAUACACAUACCAGUCAAACUUCACUACCUUUGACCUUGAAUAUAGUGAUAGUGAGAGGGACCAGAUAAUCACCAACGGUUAUAAUGUUGCAACUAUGGGAAAUGCCUGGUUCGCUCAGGCAUGGAUAUACCUGGUAAGUGUGUGGAUUGUUUUGCGAGAUACUGUUGGAAUGGCACGACGAACUCGACGGUACCGAGUACUUACGAGCCAGAGCUGA